AUGGAAUUUAACGUAUUCCAUGGGGUAAAGGCUGACAGCCUCACUGCCAAAGAAAAGAAAAUGUCCGCGAACAUGAUCAACAUAAUUGAAGAAAAGGUGAACAGAGGACACACACCAGAGAAUCCUAUUUUGAGAGCCAGAAGCGUGAUGGAGGGAAGAGUACAGCGCGGGCUAUACUUGAAGGAAGAGACAGCAUCUCCAAAGGUAUCACUUGACGCUUUCCUGUUGACAAGCAUUAUCGAUGUCAUUGAAAACAGAGACAAGGCGAUUACAGACGUAAAGGGAGCGUACUUACACGCCAAAAUGAAAGACAAGGUCAUUAUGAAAUCACAGGACCGGAGGUGGAUAUUUUCUGCAACAUUGACAAAACUCUAA